GAUUUCCCUGCGAUUUCCCUGCAGCAGGUUCCCAGACACCGUUCAAGAUUCCCCCAACCCGUCCUUUCCUCGAAUCGAUAACGGGCUAGCCUUUGACGAAGCCAUGCCGCCAUCAUCGGAACACAAGACUGUAUCAGUCACUCGUUCAGGCCUUCUCAGGCGCGACGGCCAUCCUGCAACAUCAUCCAACCGUCGUUGUAGGUCAUGUAAUGUGCUCCAGUUUCUCCUCCUGCUCCCACUCAUUACGAUACUGGGAGUCACCUUGCGGUGGUGUUGGCCAGCAGGACUCAAGACGCUCCUAGACCGUGUACAAUACCCCGCUCUUCAGACACUGGGCGGUGUCAGGCAUCUCAAGCCCAUAGACGGCCGUGUGGACCAUAUACUGCGCUCUACGCCACUCUUCGAUGGACACAACGACCUCGCGUACUUUCUACGGUGGGCUCACAGCAACCGCAUAUAUUUCGAAAAUUUCACCGGACCUUUCGAGGCGGGGACUCUGGGCGGCGAGGUUGAUCUGGCCCGACUUCGCGAAGGUCGAGUCGGGGGCACGUUCUGGUCCGUCUUUGCAGACUGUCCCAAGAACGGCUACUCGCCGGACUACCGUUUCAAAGCCAUCGCAACCACCGAAGCCGCAGUGGAUGUACUAGACAGGCUGCGCGCCGGCUAUCCGUCCGUGUUCGAGCGCCCUCAGGACAGUAGCGACUCAAUGGCCAUAUUCAGGUCCGGACGCAUCAUCUCGCCGCUGGGACUGGAAGGCCUCCACCUGAUCGGAGACUCUUUUACCAAACUACGAGACUACCACGCCCGUGGCGUCCGCUACGCGACGCUGACGCAUAACUGCCACAAUGCCUACGCCGACGCGGCCCUGGCCGAGGUGCCCGGGCUUGGUCUCGCUCCGGCCAAGCCGCGAUGGUACGGUGUCAGUGCAGCUGGGCACAAGCUUGUGCGGGAGAUGAACAGGCUCGGGAUCAUGGUUGACUUGAGCCAUACGUCGGCCGACACAAUGCGCGACGUCCUCGGACGUCCAAAGAAAACCCAGAGUGAGGACAAGAGGCCAUGGGAAGGCAGCUUAGCGCCGCCAAUAUUCAGUCACAGCAAUGCCUUCGAGCUAUGUCCGCACCCACGCAAUGUCCCAGACGAUGUUCUGCGUCUCGUAGCUGCCCGUCGGGGUCUUGUUAUGGUCACCUUUACGCCUGAAUUCGUCAGCUGCUUCUGGCCAGGCAACAAGCCCAUUCAUGGUGAUCUACCGGAGCGCUACGGGCCCAACUUGACCGUCUCCCAGGUGGUCCGCCACAUGCGCCACAUUGGCGAUCUCAUUGGUUAUGACUACGUUGGGAUCGGGAGCGACUUUGACGGGGUGGCUUCAACGCUUCCGGGUUUGGAAGACGUCUCGAGAUUCCCGGACUUGGUCGCUGAGAUGCUGAAGCAAGGAAUCCGGGAUAGUGAUGCGGAAAAGAUCGUCGGAGGGAACUUGCUGCGUGUUUGGAAAGAGGUCGACGCUGUCGCAGCCCGGAUGCAAGCCGAUGGGGAAAAGCCUGCAGAGGAUGACUUGCCGGUACUUGGGAAUCCAUGGGACUAAGUCUGCUAUUCAAGGGCUAAGAUGUUGGUGUAUGCCAUGGCGGAUGACUAUUGAAUGUAGGCAGGGUUCCAGUAAGGUCUGGUGUAAGAUGAACACAUG